GAGAUAUUCCUGUGGAGACACUCGCACGAUUCGAGAAGGACGUGAAGCGAAUCGACAUCGGGUUCCUGGCGAUAGCAACAGAGGUGGAGAACAACGAAGAGAAGACCUCGGAACCUCCAGGAAAAAUCAAGGAAUUGCUGGAGGAGUUCCAAGACAUUCUUCCUGACGAUCUUCCGAGCGAGCUACUGCCAUACCGAACGCAUCAACAUGAGAUUGUGGAGGAACCAGGUUUGAAGCCGACCUUCCGAGCCCCAUAUUGGCUCAGCCCCACUGAGCUGACCGGCAUGAAAAAACAGAUCGAGUAUCUCCUCGCCAAAGGACUCAUCCGACCAUCCACUUCGCCAUACGGUGCCCCAGUGCUCUUCACACCAAAACUGGACGGAAGCCUGCGCAUGUGCAUUGAUUACCGAGCUCUCAACAAGCAGACCAUCAAGAAUAAAUAUCUGAUACCAUGAAUCGAUGACCUGCUUGACCAGCUUCG